UGGGUGCUUGUUUCUCAUGCGAGAUCUGGCAACACUGGCAGGAACCAUAACUGCAGAAACGUCUUUCUCCUUGCAACGUUUUCAGGUUACAGGCGUGUGUACAUGUAAAACGAGGACCGAAAGAUGCCUUUACCCGUACAAGUUUUCAACUUUCAAGGAUCUGUCGAACCUAUGCAGAUUGAUGCAGACCCACAGGAAGACCAGCAGAAUGCUCCGGACACAAACUAUAUUGUGGAGAACCCAACACUGGACCUGGAGCAGUAUGCAACCAGCUACAGUGGACUGAUGCGCAUAGAGAGGCUUCAGUUCAUUGCUGAGCACUGCCCUCAGCUCCGAGUGGAAGCCUUAAAAAUGGCCCUUACUUUUGUCCAGAGGACCUUCAAUGUUGACACUUACGAAGAAAUCCAUCGCAAACUAACGGAGGCCAUAAGGGAACAAGGUGUGCCCGAUACAGUGCCUGAAGGUGGCAUAAUUCCUCCUCCCCUGGACUCAGCAUGGGCCGAGUCCACCAGAAAGAAGGCUUUGCUAAAGCUGGAGAAACUCGACACAGAUCUUAAGAACUACAAGGGCAACUCUAUUAAAGAAAGCAUCAGGAGAGGCCAUGAUGACUUGGGUGACCAUUACCUCGACUGUGGUGACCUCAGCAACGCCCUCAAAUGUUAUUCUCGAGCCAGAGAUUAUUGCACGAGCGCCAAGCAUGUCAUUAACAUGUGUCUGAAUGUCAUCAAGGUUAGCGUUUACCUCCAAAACUGGUCCCACGUCCUUAGCUAUGUCAACAAAGCCGAAUCCACACCAGAGAUUGCAGAGCAAAGAGGCGAACGAGACAGUCAGAAUCAAGCAGUUCUCACUAAAUUGCGCUGCGCUGCAGGGCUCGCAGAGUUGGCCUCCCGAAAAUACAAACCAGCUGCCAAGUGCUUCCUUCAGGCGUCGUUCGACCACUGUGACUGUCCCGAGCUUCUCUCAUCCAACAAUGUUGCUGUGUAUGGGGGCCUGUGCGCUUUGGCCACAUUUGAUCGACAGGAGCUCCAGCGUAAUGUCAUCUCAAGCAGCUCCUUCAAGUUAUUUCUAGAGUUGGAACCCCAGAUUCGUGACAUCAUCUUCAAAUUCUACGAGUCCAAGUAUGCGUCCUGUCUGAAGUUGCUUGAUGAAAUGAAGGACAACCUACUGCUCGACAUGUUCCUGGCCCCGCAUGUGAGGACACUUUACUGCCAGAUCAGAAACAGAGCCCUAAUUCAGUACUUUAGUCCCUAUGUCUCGGCAGACAUGACUAAAAUGGCUCAAGCCUUCAAUACCACCGUAGCGGCUCUGGAAGACGAACUAACCCAGCUCAUACUCGAGGGACUUAUCAAUGCACGGAUCGAUUCUCACAGUAAGAUCCUCUAUGCCGAGGUGGUGGAUCAAAGAAGCACCACAUUUGAGAAGUCACUUCACAUGGGAAAGGAGUUCCAAAGACGAGCCAAAGCCAUGAUUCUGCGAGCCGCUGUGCUGCGCAACCAGAUCCAUGUCAAAUCUCCACCAAGAGAGGGAAGCCAG